AUGUAUUGGUUCCUAGCUUUUUCGGCUCUUGAAGUCAUUGCUUGUGCGCUGCUUUUGUCACUGACUAAAGCUGAUCACUAUGCUCAUUCCAGGCUAUGUAAGCGUGGAGAAGAGACAGACAACUCCCAAGCCCAGACUGCUGCGCCUAGUAAAGUUCUGUUUGACUUGAACUCUUCUCCUCCUAUUUCACCUGUCGAAAAUAUAGCAGAGCCCACGAUGAAUUUAAACGAAGCAGCUGCAGUAACCUCUCCAGCUAAGAAAGGGAGAAAUGGAAGAAAAAGAUUUCUAUCCGGAGAAGAAAGGCGAAAAUAUGAUUCCGAUUACUACAGAAAUAGAGCCAAGUCAUUCACGAAAGAAGGUAUCGAGAAAGCGAAAGCAACUCUAAAAGGCUCAGAAUUGAACAUCUUCUUAGCAAGAGCUAAACGAUAUCGAUCUACUAAGAACCGAAUAGAGUCAAAAUAUCGAAAAGAACGUUCAAAUCGGUUUAAGGCAGGUACACAGACUUUGAACGAUGAACACAAAAGGCAUAUGGCAAGACAGAGAACUCAAGAGGCACGUAAAAAUAGAGCGAGGAUGGCAUCAGAUCAAUAGUUUUUUCAAGACCCUCAGUUCUAUUCUCUCAUCGUCUUUGCAUACCUAUACGUUCAUAUCUCUGCACAUUUUAACAAAGCAAAUAAAUGAUAUAUUCUUUACUGCAAUCUUUCGGGGCAAGUGAUCGUUGAGAA